AUGCCCAGAGAACUUGGUCUCCCUUUCCUGAAGACAGCUAAAAGGGGAGCACAUUUCUACUCACAGCUGUAGUUGGUCAAGGUGACUACACUCCCUUCCCGCUUCUAGUGGUCUAAGUGCCUGACUUGAACUUCUUGGGAAAACAAAGUGAUUUAAGGCCUGAAAGGAGAUGAGCAAUUUUUAAGACAAAAAGUCCCGUAAGACAGGAAGCCUGCUGGUUUCUGAUGCAUAAACUAGACAGCAGAGGCAGGGCUGCCUGAUACAGUUUGCCUCUGUUAUUUCUUCUGUGAGAAGCUGCUGGGCUCCUCUCACCAGGCUCCAUUCCUUCUCCUUACUGGCUGAUGGAUCGCAAGGGGCUUCUCUCCUUGAACUUUCUGCUGUUUUUCUCCUUGGCUUUUGAACUGAGCUGCGUAACAGUUGAGGACUUGACGAAAUGUCCAACAAUCCGUGAGCAGUUGGGAAGCAGCGUGCUGCUGCCCCUGACACCUAAAGGGAUGAGUGAGAGUAUGAAGAAGAGGAUCCACAUCAUCGUCACAAAGGCAGAAUCACCGGGAAACAGUGUCAAAAAGAAAAUUGUGUCUCUUGACUUGCCGAAAGGGGGCUCUCAACCCUAUCUGGAAGAUGGCUAUAAGUUUCAUUUGGAAAACUUGAACCUGGGGAUCGUGGAAAGCAAGAAGGAGAAUGAGGGCUGGUAUUUUCUAACCCUGGAGGGAAACGUUUCAGUCCAGCACUUUUGCCUGCAGCUGGAGCUCUAUGAGCGGGUCUCCACUCCGGAAAUUAAGGUGUUGAACCUGACCCAGGAGAAUGGAAACUGCAGCUUGAUGCUGGCCUGCGAGGCAGAGAAGGGAGACCAUGUGGCAUACAGCUGGAGUGAGGAGGCAGGCACCCACCCGCUGAUUAUAGCCAAUGGCUCCCACCUCCUGUAUCUCACCCUUGGCCCUCAGCAUGCUGACAGUACCUACAUCUGCACUGCAAGCAACCCCAUCAGCAAUCGUUCCCAAAUCAUCAUCCCAUGGCCCAGAUGCAGGAUAUAUCCCCCAGUAUCAAGACAAUGGGGACUGUAUGCUGGGCUGUUCUUAGGGGGCAUCAUUGGUGUCACCAUGAUUCUUCAAGUGGUAAUACUACUGUUGACAAGAAGAGGUAAAGCAGACUAUCACCAGCCAACAGUGGAAGCAAAAACCCUUACUAUCUAUGCUGAAGUCCAGAAAUCUGGUCCUGUUCAGAAGGAACCUGAUCCCCUGCCAGCUCAGGACCCCUGCACCACCAUUUACGUUGCUGCCACAGAGCCUGUCCUACAGCCUGUUCAGGAACCAAGCUCCAUCACAGUUUAUGCCAGUGUGACACUUCCAGAGAGCUGACAUCACAGACCCAACGAAGGGACUAUCUAAAGGACCAUGGAGGAGCCAAAAUAAACACUGAACUUGGCCCAGGUCUCAAGUUCCUGUGACACUCUACACAUCUGUACUCUUCUCAGAUUAACUACUUGGUGAUGUUGCUUCCACCACUCACCAGUGAAAUGGAUGAGGAGACGUCAUCUGUACUGCAGGGCAAAGGCCCAGAACAGAGUUUUCCAUCUCUAUGGUGUGUCAGACAAAUGGGCAAUGCAAAUCUAGUGAAUCCAGACCUUCAGGUAUCUUGUUCUUUGUGGAGACUGCAUAAUGAAAGCCAAAGGCAGAAAGCCAGAACAUCCAGCACCUACUCAGACCGCUGACUACCAGCCAGUCUGGGACAGUUUACAUUCUGUCUGUCUGGACAUGGUUCUGGGAACUGAUCCCAAUCACCACACAGACCUGAUUAAGGCUCUGUGCUUCAGUUUCUCUCUCUGGAUAGGCAAUGGAGAAUGAAUUCCUUAUUACAUGUAAAACACUGUGAUAAAAGUGAAGCUGAAGAGUCAAUAAACUAAAA